CCAAAGACCAACCCACACUUAGAGAUGACCACACCCGACUUCACAGACAAAGCCGCAUCAUCCAUCAACACUGCAGUACAGCUCGCAAAGGACUACAGCCAUCCUCAUGUGGUGCCUGCCCACAUAGCCCUUGCUCUGCUCACCGAGAGCAGUGGGCCAGCGGCAUCGUCCUCACGGCCCGCUACGCCAAGCGGAGCUAGCGCCAACGAUUCGCUCUUCAAGAGUGUACUGUCCAAGGCUGGUGUCACGCCAAGCAAGGUAGAGGAUGCCCUCCGAGCGACGUUGCGCAAGACACCUCAGCAGAAUCCACCUCCCACAGACCUAUCCUUCAAUGGAGCAGCAGCUAAAGUCAUCAAGAAGGCAUCCGAGAUCAAGGCCACCCAGCACGACAACUUCGUAGCUCAGGAUCAUCUGUUGCUUGCGCUGAUUCAGGACCCAACAAUCGAGGCGCUCCUUAAGACACAUGGACUGGCCAACACACAGCUACUGGUCACAGCAAUCAACCAGGCCAGAGGAAACAGGAGGGUCGAUACUAAGACGGAAGGCGAGUUUGACGCCCUCAACAAAUAUUGCGUCGACCUUACAGCACUCGCAGCAGACGGCAAGAUCGACCCGGUCAUUGGAAGAGAUGAAGAGAUUCGCCGCAUUGCCCGCAUCCUAAGUCGUAGGACCAAGAACAAUUGCGCACUCAUCGGCGAGCCGGGAGUGGGAAAGACAGCAGUGGCGGAAGGACUGGCUAUGAGAAUCGUAGACCGAGAUGUACCGCCGUCUCUCAUCGCGCGACUGCUGUCACUAGACACAGGAGCUCUCAUGGCCGGUGCCAAGUACAAAGGAGAGUACGAGGAACGAGUCAAGGCCGUGCUGGACGAGAUUGAAAAGUCGCAGGACGCCGGUACUGGCAUCAUCCUCUUCGUCGAUGAGGCACAUCUCCUCAUGAGCGGCAGAGGUGGAGACUCUGGGAUGGACGCAGCCAACCUCAUCAAGCCAGCAUUGGCUCGCGGCAAACUCCGCAUGAUUGCCGCUACCACGACCAAGGAGUACCGAGAGUACAUAGAGAAGGACCCUGCUUUUGAGCGACGAUUCUCACUGGUACAAGUCGCAGAGCCUACCGUCGACCAGUGCAUUUCCAUCUUGCGAGGCAUCAAGGAGAAGCUAGAGAACCAUCACGGUGCGACGAUCAAGGAUUCGGCCCUCGUCGCAGCCGCUCGCCUCGCAAAGCGAUAUCUAUCUCAACGACGACUACCCGAUGCCGCGAUUGAUCUUGUUGACGAAGCCAGUGCAGAUGUUUCGGUCACAAGCGAGACCGUACCCGCACAAAUCGAUGCUCUUCAGAGACGCAAGGUUGAGCUCGAGGUCGCCAUCCAUGCCCUCGCAAGAGAAGCAAAGAAGGACCCGGCGUCCAAGGAAGCUCUUGAAGCUGCUCGCAAGGACCUCAGUGAGCUACAAGAGACCCUUGCUCCAGCGCUUGCUCAAUGGGAAAGCAAGCGCGCUAAAGGAGACGAGCUGAACAAUGCCAAGCGCAGACUCGACGAGCUCAAGGCCAAGGCUGAGGCUGCUGAGCGACGCUACGAUCUGCAGACCGCUGCUGAUAUUCGAUACGGUGCUAUUCCCGAUCUCGAGCACCGCAUUGCUGUCCUCGAGGACGAAGAGAGGAAACGUCACGAAUCUGGAGAGGAUGAGGGGCAGAACGUCGUCGGCGCCGAGCAGAUCGCUACCAUCGUCGCGAGGUGGACUGGUAUCCCUGUCACCAAGAUCACCGAAGGCGAGCUGCAAAAGCUUUUGAAGCUCGAGAAGCUCUUGAGGAAGGAAGUCAUCGGUCAGCCCGAAGCGGUCAAGGCUGUUGCCGAUGCUGUCCGACUGUCGCGCUCAGGUCUGAGCGACCCCGGAAAGCCCAUCUCCUUCCUGUUCGCUGGACCGUCGGGCACUGGUAAGACACUUACGGCCAAGGCUUUGGCUAAGCUCCUCUUCGAUGACGAGUCGGCCAUGCUCCGCAUUGAUGCUAGCGAGUACAGCGAGAAGCACUCCGUCUCAAGACUCAUCGGAGCUGCCCCUGGCUAUGUCGGCUACGAGAGCGGUGGGCAACUCACCGAGAAGGUUCGACGCAGGCCCUUCUCCGUCAUCCUCGUAGAUGAGCUCGAAAAGGCAUCUCGAGAGUUUGUUCAGAUUUGGCUGCAAGUCCUCGACGACGGUAGGCUGACUGAUGGACAAGGUCGCCUAGUCUCCUUCAAGGACACGGUCAUAAUCUUCACGUCCAACCUCGGAGCCCAGUACAUCAACGAUUCAAGCGCGGACGCUCUCACGCCCGAGACAAUCAGCCUCGUCAAUGCUUCUCUGGCUGCUGCCCUCCCUCCCGAGUUCAGGAACCGACUGUCUGCAAGUGUCAUCUUUGGCAAGCUCACCAGAAACGACAUCAAGGCCAUCGUCGGCGCGAGGAUCCGUGAGGUUCAGCAGCGACUGCGCGCCAACGGCAGAAGGAUCACCGUCGACGUCGACGAAGAGGCCAUGGCUUAUCUUGCCGAGCGAGGCUAUGACCCUGCAAUGGGAGCGCGUCCCCUGGCCCGUGUCAUUCAGAACGAGCUGCUCUCGCCACUUUCAAUCCUGCUCCUCAAGGGCGGGAUCCUCGACAAUGAGGUUGCUCGGGUCACCUAUGACUCGGCUAAGAUGAAGAUCCUUGUGCUGCCCAACCACGAGGUCACUGAGAUGGAUGCUGACAUGGACGACGAAGACGAGUACGAGAUGGAUAUGGAAGACCAGGAUAUGAAGGUGGAGCCUCUUGACUGAAACCCACGAGUUCCACGCAACGGAGGACGUAGACCGAAAGUAGCAUGAUACCCACUGUAAAUCGCAAAGCAAAAUCGUUAUCAGAUCGAAAAGUAGAAAAUAAAAUCGAAAAGUCACCUUGAACC